UCUGCGCCGGCACCGCUCCGGCUCCGCCGCUGCCCCCCGAGCCGCCGGGCGUCCCCCGGAGCCCAGCCCUGCCCCGCCGCCCCCUCCCCGUCCCCGACGCCGCCGCCGCUCGCACAAGAUGGCGGGGACCGUGGCCGAGCGGGACGCGCUGAAAAUAGAGGACGGGCAUUUAAACAACUCCCUGGGAUCCCCGGUGCAGGCUGAUGUGUAUUUCCCUCGGCUGAUCGUCCCCUUCUGCGGGCACAUCAAGGGAGGGAUGCGGCCGGGGAAGAAGAUCCUGGUGAUGGGCAUCGUGGACCUCAACCCCGAGAGCUUCGGCAUCAGCCUGACCUGUGGGGAGUCGGAGGAUCCUCCUGCGGACGUGGCCAUUGAGCUGAAAGCCGUAUUCACAGACAGGCAGUUCAUCAGGAACUCAUGUGUGGCUGGAGAAUGGGGAGAAGAGCAGUCAUCUAUUCCUUACUUCCCAUUUAUACCGGACCAGCCUUUUCGGGUUGAGAUACUUUGUGAGCAUCCCCGUUUUAGAAUAUUUGUGGAUGGACAUCAGCUCUUUGAUUUUUACCACCGUAUUGAAACACUGUCAGCAAUUGACACAAUAAAGAUUAAUGGAGAUCUUCAGCUUACAAAACUUGGCUGAACUUGUUAGAACUGUAGAUUCCAAACCGGCUCAGGUGCCAUCGUCUGUGUGGAGAAGUGACAGCCGGCUCUGGACACAACUAUAGUAGGAAGGCUGCCCCAUUCCUUUUCUGUGUGCAGUUCUUCACGCCUGUGCCGAUGAACUGGGCUGUUGUCUAUCCUAAUGAAGAACACUGAUGGUUAAUAGACAUCGAGCCACUUUUCUUUGAUCAAAAUAGCCCACAUGUGCUGGAUAAUCAAGUUGGAACGAAUUCGGAAAGACUUGCAGUCUUGUUUCAAAUCUCACAGAAAGGUGAUUUCUGAAACACAGCACUAAAAUCAGUUACUGCACAGCAGUAACAACAACAACAAAAGGUUUUUCUUUUGCAAAUAUUGUUUCUGCACUGAAGUGGAGUAGUGUAACACAACGUAGGGCCACAUGUUGAUGUCCUUACCGAGGGCCUGAGCCUGGUUCCACGGAAAUCAAUGGCAAAUCUGCUAUUCACUUUAUCGGGGUACAAUCAAACUCUUUUAGUUCUUAGUCCAGCACAACUCCCAUUGAUUUCUAUGGGAUUUUUGCACAAGCCCAGGGGCAAGAUCAGCUGCUGGUGUUAAUCAGCUGACCUCCACGGCUUGCAGUGGCAUCCUGCUGAUUGCUCCCAGCCGCUGAUUUGGUCCAAGGACCGUGCAAAAAAAAAAACUGAAUGAGGGUGUGAGGACACUAGCCUGUAUAUUUUAGUCAGGGUAUUUGCAUAGAAUGUAGAUUGUUACAAGUUUUUGCACAAUGUACUGUUAAUACAAUUUUUAAAGCUUAUCUGUAGUUUAUUUAUUUAUACUCAUUGUAUGUAUUAGUAAAAACGAACAAUCUUACUGAUCGUUAAGAACAGCAAAGUGUAAACAUUUUGAAUGUACAAAAUGUCUUGGGUUCUUUGGGUAAACUCCACGUAUUGCUCUGGAAAAUUCAUGUUUCUUAUUGAACAUUGAGUUACAUUUUAACGGAGCCCUCUGGGCCCUGGGAAAAUGUGGGCAUGGUAGUUGGUGGGGGGAGCUCUUUGCAUAUUAUUCACCAAACUGUUUUUCAGGGCUUACUAACUUUGCUGCACAGGAUAGGUUUGAGUUCAAGUCAGACUGUUUUUAAAAACAAAACGGCAAAUUUGAAGCUGUGCUUUUAUAACUUGAGAAAAAGUGACACUUGGUCUCUUAGUUCAGCAAGAGAUCAAGCCUCUUUCCAGGGGAGAUGGGAGAUUACUUUUUGCACUCAUUUGAGAACAUAUUCGGCCUUUGAUAUGACAAUUAAAACUUGUCUAGACAGCCAAGUUAUUAAUGCUUGAAAAUCAUCUGCUGCACAUGAAUAAUAACUUUCCAAGUAGCUUUUUUAACUAGUAGGUAUAGCUGUAUAAACAGAGUCAUUGAGCUACACUAUAAAUGAACACAACCACUUUCCUUGACUUCUUUAGGACUAAAUGCGCUUUCUCCUUGGCUGUUCACAGUAGACCACGGCAAGUCUUUCUGAGUAGUUAUAAUCAUGAUAUAAACACAUACCUAGGCAAUUUUGAAGACAUGUAAUGUUGCGACACAGAAUAUAAAAACAUUCUUUGUAGCACCAUAUUUAAAAAAAAAGAGAACAAACUCUCACAAACAGAACUAUAUUAAGCUUGCAAUAAAGAAGUGUUUCAAAGUAACCAGAACUGGAAUAUCCAAAAUGAAGGGUAGAGUGCCAGUUGCAAAGCCUCAUUUUGUGCUAAUUUGGCCUGCAGUUAAGAAGCCUUAGACUGCAAGCUGAAAUUCCAGCUAUGGCUCUGCUCCAGAGACUGCUAAGGUCAACCAGAGUCCUCCAAGCACAAAAGCAAAGAAGCCUGAUUCUUACUUCGUGCAAGUGCAGAUCUCUCUGUGAAGACAGGGGGGUGGUGCUGCUGUGAAUGAGUUAAGAAUUGGGCUCCUACCUACAAAAUGAGUUAGUAAUGGAAAUUUUAGCCUUAACAUUGAAGUCCUCCGACUUUUUUUUUUUUUUUUCCUUUUUCAAAAUUAAGCAAAAACCUGUUGCGUUCCAGAUGAUCUUUUUAUCUGGUGUAUGGCAUCAGAUUCUAUUUGUACUCCGGAUUGAACCUCCAUAUGAAAUGUUCCCUGUCUUGCUCUGUUUUUACUCUUCUCCACGAUUCAUGAUGACUGUGUCAUUUUUCGUUGUAUAAAGAAUGCUGACAGUGUUUUGGUACAAAAUAUAUUCUUAAAAAUGAUGGUAAUAAAAAUCCAAGGGAAAGGUGCUUCCACA